UCUCUCUCUCUCUCUGAGCAUGGACUGGAACCUCACUUGAAUGCUCCUCUAAAAGGGAACAUCAGCAUGAGACUAGUACUUUUUACCAAUCUAAUUCACCUACUGCUCAAUAUCUCUUUUCUUUUUGUCUCUUUCUCUCUACUUCACUGUAUCUUUCUCUCUGUCCCUCUAUUUAUAAUACAUCUCUUUCACCCCCUUUCUUCUCUCACCAAGAACCCAACACCCCACAAUCUAAAGAGAGAAGUUAAAUUAAAUGUCUCCAGGAACAUGUUCAUCAUCAUCAAGAUGGAGCCCUACAACUGAGCAGCUCAUGAUCUUAGAGGAACUGUACAGGAGUGGGAUUAGAACUCCCAGUGCUUCUCAAAUUCAGCAAAUAACAACCCACCUUUCUCUCUAUGGCAGGAUAGAAGGGAAGAAUGUGUUCUAUUGGUUUCAGAACCAUAAAGCUAGGGAUAGACAAAAACUAAGGAGGAAACUCAACAAGCAACUGCAGCUACAGCAACAACUCCAACUCCAACUCCAACUCCAACUCCAACUGAAUAAUCAGGAUAUCACAAACCCUUUUGUUGGUAGCUUCGGUUAUCCCCCUGGAUCUACUACUAGAGAAUUUUCCUUUUUUAACUCACCUAGCUUUCUUUUUCAGGGAGGAGCUGCAGAUACAUCAGGAGGGGCAAUCAAUUGCAAAUGGAAUGCUUAUAAUCCACAGUAUUUGGUGGAGAAGAAAGAGAUUGCAUUCUGCAACUAUGGUUGGACACUGGUGGAUGCUAAUCAUCAAGGGUCUUCAGCUUGUUGCACUCGACCUCUUAAGACCCUUGAUCUCUUUCCACUCACAACUACCACCACUAGCAAAGAAGACUGCACCACCAAAUGACCUAAUAGUAGUAGCUGUAUGUUUCCAUGUUUAUCAACUAAAACCCAAAACUCUAUGUGACAUUUCAUGUUAAUAACCUUUUACAUGGGAAUUAAUUAUUAGUCCUUCUUCUUGGGAAUUAAACCAUGCUAGAUAGAAUGUGUAUGCAACUACCAAGAGUACACAGUGUUGUACGUUGGUCCUAUGGUUGCACCAUAUAUGUGAAAGCUAGAUACAAGUUCAAUAUUUAAUUUCUAGUACAAUUCCCAUAAUUAUACCAUGAUUAUUCUGUCCCAGAAGACCAUAUGUAAUGAGAUAUCUCCUAGUGUUUUCUGCCACUAUGCGAGUUAUUGUCUUAAUCACUUUCAUAAGUUUGCUACCAUCAGAUU